CCGCCGCGAUUCGGCCCUAUCACCGCCAUGGAGGGCUUCGAUACCAUCACCAUGUCCUACUUGGCGGCCCCAAUGUCACUCCAGAACGUAACCGCGGGAGACCAGCACCAGCAGAUGGUGCCGAUGCUGCCGCUUGACGGCCUCGAUCACCACUCUAAUUACGACGCAGAGACCUUCGCGGGGAGCGACGAUGCCACCUUUGCGCAGCACGCAAUCCAGCCGCCGCCGCCCCUGAAGCGCUUCUCGAGCGCAUAUGAGGACCCCUUCUCCGACGCCCUCAGCACCUACGAGCCGCCGCCUCACCCCGACCAGAAUGGCGCAGAGAGCCCGUCCAUCGAGCGCGACAACAAGCUGCUCGGCUUCUCGCUGCCCGUCUAUGCCUAUCAGCUGCUCGACUACCAGUUCCGGCGGACCUCGAUCAACAUAUCGGCGCAGCUGCAUGGCAUGUUCUUCCUCGCCGAGUCGCCCUGGGCCACCGCCGGCGAUGUCGCUGCUCCGCCCACCGAGUUGACCUGCUACAGGAGGAACCUCUUCCAGAUUACCGGGACCAUCACGUUACCUCGCGGGCUCCAGUACAUCAUCACCGAGCAGGGAGAUCAGAUUCCUAUUAUCGGACAGGAACUGAGCAUUUCGGCCACCGAGUCGCUGGAGGGAAACCCGGUGAAGAUUAUCUCGGUGCCAUGGAAGACGCCAGCCAGCAGCUCGGCCGUCGUGGAGGACAAGACGGAGAAGGAGCCGCCCGCAUAUCCUCUAGACCUCUCCAAUGGACAAGACAUGGACUCAGAAUACGUCAAUUUCCCCAUCGCAUGGAAGAGGCUGCAGUUCCGCAUAGCGACUGCGAACAACGGACGGAGGAAGGAGCUACAGCAGCACUUUGUGGUGCGUCUCAAGGUCAUGGCCACACUAUCUACUGGAGCGAAGAUACCCAUCUGCGAAGUUCGUUCGGGAGCUAUCAUCGUGCGCGGACGAAGCCCGAGGAACUUCCAGUCGCGGAAGGAUUUCCCGAUCAGUGGGGGCGGAAGCACUGCCCGAAAGGCCUCUCACAUGCCAACCCAACCCCAGAGGACGUCGACGGGCGAAUCGAGCCACAACAAUGCGCUGCAUGGCGAUCGCAGUAAUAAGCCGAUGGACGUGCUCCAAUUGCCCUUCCAGUUUGAUGCCAACGACCUUCCCGUCUCGCCAGACAUGUUCGACUGGAAGAUCCCAACCGGCCAGCCCGGCGCUAUGACUGCAAUCCCGCAAGCGGCUGUAUCGUAUCCCAUGCCAUCAGCAAGUCCAUACGCACAAUCCAGUCCGGAGACCUCGAGGCAACAACAGAACCUUCGACCCCCGCCGGCGCCAAUCAACUUGUCACUGACAGACGAAGAACCAAAGAAAUCCGCCUCGCCUUCUGACCCAGUGAAGAAGCACCAGAGACUGACCCCUGCUAGACCCCCGUCUUUCUCAUUGAAUCUGAUUAGUAGUCCGGACGAAAGCGCAGAUCUCUUGUACGAGUACUUCCCGCUAGGGCUGGAUGACUGGAUGCCACCCGUCGACGCUGUAUACCGGCCACACGUCGUUCACCACACGAAUCUGCCCCAAGAUCCCAAAGCUGUUGCUGUCAAGAGCCGAUCCAAGCGAUACUUCUCCGAGAACUGGUGA